AUGGGGAACGCUCGAAGGACGUCUGGAAACUCCGAAGGUAUCGCGGUCGAUCGUUUGCCGGUAGAUCGAGGUGACGAAAUUGUGAAAGCUCCCUGUGAUAACAAGGUGGCAGUAAAGAUAAUCGAUACGCAAAAUGGCAGACAAGAUUACAUAGUGAAGAAUUUAACUCGAGAAGCUAAAUUACUAUCAAUGUUACAACAUCCAAGUAUCGUCAGGCUUUACGAAACGAUUCAGUACGGAUCGGUAUACUACCUUGUGAUGGAACUUGCAACCGGUGGUGACCUAUGCACACACAUUAAACAACAACCAAGUGGCAUGCUCGAUGAGAUGACCGCGAAGCUUUACGCCAGACAGCUGGUUUCUGCUUUGAAACACAUGCACUCCAGGGGAAUCGUUCAUCGAGAUCUAAAGAUGGAAAACAUAAUGCUACAAGAUUCUCGGAAAGAUCAAAUUAAAAUAGUUGACUUUGGAUUAAGUAACAUCUAUCAUUGCGAAGAUCCUUUAAAAACACAUUGCGGAUCACCGGAAUACGCAGCACCAGAACUUUUCGUCGUUGGUAAAAAAUAUGGUCCUGAAGUUGAUUUUUGGAGUCUAGGUGUCGUCUUAUACGGAAUGAUGACCGGUCGGCUACCCUUUUUAAGUCCUUGUGACAAACAAACGUCAUCAGAAGAACGUCGGCGAAGGUUAAUGGCUCAAAUAAACCGCGGCUUAACGGCCCUGCAAGUGAAAAACAUGUCGAGGAUGUCGAAUGAUUGCAAAAAUCUGAUUAACAAAUUGCUCACACCCGUUCCGCAUAAAAGGAUUACGAUUCAAGAACUUUGCCAUCAUCCUUGGAUCGCAUGCAAGCUUAGGAAUGUUUCAAGAAUCUCCAGUGAAACCGAUUUGGAUGUGACCGAUCAUAAGACAAUCAUCGCUGAGAUAUCCAAGAUGACUCACCUGGAUCGAAACACCAUCGAGAUGGAAAUUAUUCGACGAAAGUACGGCGAAAUAGGCGGCAUGUACAAUAUCAAAUCACACAAAGCACGUCAAGUUGCUGCUUUGUACGCACGUCAUACAGGAUCGUUAUCAUUGCUGAGAUAUAUUCCACAACAUAUGAAACAACAAUCAUAUUCAACAACAACCUCAACAAUAAGAACCACCGCAGCCGGUCUCGAAACGACGUAUAAACCACCUUCGAGAUAUUCACCGUAUUCCAAGGCCAACGAAAAAUCAACCGGAUAUGUUGCUAUUUCUCCGUUAAAGGAGAAUAAAAAAUGUUGGGACAGCAAAAGUGCAUCUUACGGGGAGGUCAAGAAUUCUUCGAAAGUUCAAAAAACUUCGAACACUUCCUGUAACGUUUGCAAAAUUUUACCACCUUCGACGAAUAUUCAGCAACCGCAAGUUUUGAAAAAGAACACGAACGUCGAACACGCGGUAAACGUGAUCAAGAAUUCGGACAAAAGUAACGAACAGAGGCAAACGAGUAGAUUGGUCGUUCCUCAAACGAAUAUUCGUUUAUUGCCAACUUCCUCGAGAAGUUCUUUUUCUCAAGCAUCUUUUGGUUGUCCUCAAUUCGAAAUGGUCCAUCGUAAUCCCAUCAAAAGAUGGUCAGAAAUAUGUGAGAAGAGAGAAAACGUUCGACAACAAAGACGUUCGACUAAUUCCGUAAUUCAAACUGAAUCCAAUACGAUUUCGUCCACGUCAUCGGUAAUCAAAACCCGACCACGAACAUUAGAAUCCAGCACGUUAAAUCGUAAUACUUUGAAUCGUAAAUUUGUCUUGGAAAAAGUUGAAUCGAAAAAAGAAGUUGACAAGAUUGUACCUUUUUCGAAAUCUUCAAUAUCUGUUAAGAAAAAAAUAAUAUCUACUUGCGAUAAUAUUUCGCCUAAACAUCUUUUGCGAACAAAUACUUCUAAUAGAAGUAUAUUUAAGAUAAAUGACAAAGUUAAAUAA